AACCCAAUAACCAGACAAACCAACCAACACCAAAAUGACCAACCCCCUCUCCCUCCCCCCUCAAAUCCACUCCCUCCUCUCCACCCUCCACGCCAAAUCCCUCGCCCAAGAAGCCGCCCUCCCUUCCUCCACCUUCUCCCCCUCCUCCCGGGCGGACCGCACCUCCUUCGACGCCCUCAUGUCCGACAAAUUCAUCGCCCUGGACCAGGACAAAUGCGAAUUCGUAUACCAGACCCUGCGCGCCUCGGGCGCCACCACCGUCGUCGAAGCGGGGACGAGUUAUGGCGUUAGUACGAUUUAUCUAGCGUUGGGGGUGUUGGCCAACCUUCAAGCUAAAGACAAUGCCAACGGCAACGGUAGUGGACAGGGACAGGGACAGGGAGUGGGUAAAGGGAAGGUGGUCGCGACGGAGAAAGAGCCCGGCAAGGCGGCGCUGGCGAGGGAGUAUUGGACUCAGGCGGGGAGGGAUGUCGCGGGGGUGAUUGAGUUGAGGGAGGGCGAUUUGCGGGAGACGUUGACUAGCGGGGGGUAUGGUGAGGAGGUUGGCGAGGAGGGGGUUGGGUUGGUGUUGUUGGAUAUCUGGACGCCGAUGGCUCUCCCCGCCCUCAAGGCGGUUCAGGAUAAGUUGAAGCCUGGAGCGGUCAUCAUCGCGGAUAAUACGCUGAUGGCGAAGGAUGGGUAUCAGGAGUUGUUUGAGUAUGUGGAUCAAGAGGGGGGUCCGUUUAAGAGGAUCACGCUGCCGUAUAAGGGGGGGAUGGAUAUGAUUGUUUACAAGUGAUUUGACUUGCUGGAUGGACCACUUCCGGGAGAAAGUAAAUUAG